GGAUACUAUUUCCUUUUCCAUCCCUCCACAAGAGGUUAAAUAUAACCCUUUAAGCCUUCAAGGGUUGUCCAAAAUCUCUGAAGAUGAGGGUGAAAAUGGAAGGGACCACGCCGCCGACUUGAACAAGAAGCUACCAAAAGACUUCUGCGUGAUACAGGAGACCAAGAGCAAGAACGUUAGCACAGAGCAUGUGGACUUCCAGCUGGCUCGAAAACAGUGGCGGGAAAUGGAGGAGCAAACCAAGAACAAGAUCAUCAUCCCUACAACCAAGCACCCCAGCUUCCAUGGCAGCCACAGCUUCAUGUACACACCGGUCCGCAACAUUGAAAGAACGCACAAGAAAGCUUACGAGCUGGAGAACCUGAAUCUGGCUGGCGAUUAUCCUCACAUGCAAUUCAGCCCUUGCUCAGAGGAUUCUGGCCUGGAUGAUUCCAGUUACAGGUCCCCGUAUGAUGACCUGGAGACACCAGUCGAAAGGGAGAUUCGCAUAUCAAUGGAGCGGGAGGAAACCUUCAGGAGAGAGAAGGGCCUCUCCAGGAUGGGCAAAUCCACUGACUGUGCUCCCUCACGAGGUAUGCCGAGAUCUAUAAGCACUCCACUGACGCCAUCAUUCAUCAUAACCUCCUCGCCCAGCAAGGAACCACUAAGACAUGAAGUAUCGGCAAACAACGUUAUCAUUCUCGACCCAAGGAAUGAUUUCACGUCCAACCCUAGACACGGCAAGGACAACGGGGCGGCUCAGUCCGGGGAGUGGUGCUCUGAGGACAACAGCUCCAACGUCAUCAUCCUAGAGACAUCCAAUCUGAUCAUCCGAAGUGCCUCCGAUUACUCCCUCAACAAAGCCUGCGAGCAACCCCAGGAGAAAAUGUUCCUUAACAACCCCUUUUUCAAGCUGCGUUCAAGAAGCACGAUGUCGCUGGUGGACGAGGAGAUUAAGAUGAUGAAGCAGAGGGAGGAGGAGCUCAGGAAAGAGAGGGUGAAUAUGUACGGCAAGGACAGGUUCGAUAGCGAAAGGAUAUUGUCGAAUCACAUGGACACGUUGUCGUUUGACAAUUCAGCCGUGAAGUGCAAAUCCUCCCCAUCAUCACCGAUGAAGACGGCCUACAGGAUGGAUCGAUCCGCGUUAUCCUGCGAUCACAGAUUUCCAGACGUCUACACGGGAGGAAGACGCAAGAGUGCUAUGGCUCUGCGCUGGGAGGCGGGCGAGUUCACAAAAAACGAAUGAAGAGGACCGAGUCAACAGUUUGCCAAAUAUGGGCAUCAAUUGUCAAUGUUUUACUCAUACAACUUUAAUGCAGUGUUGCAAUUGUUUGUCGCUUUGCUUCUGUGAUGCUACGGGCGAAACUGGCAAGACGAGGAGGUUUUUCUUGGACAAGAUCUUUUACAUUUUAUUCUCUCACACAGACAUAGAGAACACUAACUCUGGGCAUUGUUUUCUGAUGUGUCCUAGUCAGUUUUGAGUCAAAACAGCUGCAGGAGAUUACAGCUUAUACUCUUUGUUUAUUGAUCUUUAUUUCAAUUUCGACAAGAACAGUGCCAACACACAGUUUCCACUUCAAACAAGUUUUAUAGAUAUACUUACUUUGAUCUGUGGCAAGUUUAAUGCUAAAAAUGAGAAACAACCCCCUUUAAUAGCCGCAUGCCUCCGGGUGGUGAUCACCUGCCUCUCAAAUUGUUUAAAUGGUCUGAUCCAGAAGCACAGAAUCUCAAAAAACUGCCAGUGUGAGAAAAAAAGAUUUGAGAAUUGACCUUGUUUUUCUGAGGUAGUAGUAAAGACAUCUUGAUAUAGUACUCACAUGCCAUAUGUACAUAAAGAGUUAUUGGUAGCUGUCGGAUACGUUAUAUUUGUAGGUAGGGUACACUUUGAUAGCAUGAAGAUGAAUUGUGGGGCUUAGGUUGUGUUGGAUUGAAUCUGAAUUGAGGGCACGACCAACAGGCUGAAGACAAAACCUAUCCGUAUCAUCCCUAGUAGUUACCUCUUUAGACACAGGACAGUGCUACGUUAUCCUUUGAGGGGCUUCAGUUCAAGUUUGGUCACUGCUAACUCUAUUGAGGCUAGCAUUUAACUUUGUCUUUCUGCUGCAAAGUGUUGGACAAGCAGUGGGUUUAAGUUUGCACUAAAAACAGACGCCCGCCGGAUGUGAGGUCGAUGAACGCUAAAGCUCCAUAUUGCAGGAGCAGACCUUGGUUUAACAGAAUGCAUUGGGGACUGUGGUAUCUGAAUCCCGUGCGGUUUAGUGGCGCCAGAAAGAGAUUGUGAGAUGAAAGAAAUCAACAAGUCCAUCUAUGACAUGUGACGACUGUAUUAAGAAAGAACUGACAGAUUGUGAACCUUUAUUUAAAGCAACAUUAUGGAGUAAUUGGUGGUUUGAGAGUGCUAGUCAUGAAUAUUGAGCGCUGUUAUGGUAGACGUGUGCAUUUCUUCUGAUUACCUUACUUAUUAAUAACCAAAGUCGAGCGAGUCUUUGCUCACACAGCAAGGGCAACAUCAAAAGGCAUAAAGCACGUUAAUAUUGCAAAGUAAAAAGCUUUCUGUUCCUCGAGAUAUACUUAAUGUAUAAACCAAAGUCACUGCCAGAGAGAGGAAACGUAUGUGUGGUGUUAAAGUUAUAUAAUGUUGCUUUAAAGAAGCGGACAGUGAUCUGGAGGUUGUUGCUGAGAUGCCUGAUGUUAGACAGAUGUAAUGUUGACUCCACUUUGCUUAACCUUUCUUGACAUUAUAAAUGUAAAUCAGAUUUAAAAACAUAUUUUGAUGUUAUUGUAUGUCUUGAUACAGCAAAUGCCACAUGCUCAGUGUAUAUUACGUGUAUUUUCGUACAAUGCUUAUUCGCUGCAAAUGAAUAUUUUAAGGUGAGCUAGACGGGCAAUAUUAAGAGUAUUUUGAACUCAUUUCUUUCAGUGGAGAAUAUGAAUCACUCAUACUGUUACAUACCGCAUUUACAGAAAGACUUUAGUGAAGAUAAAUAUGAGUAUGCACACUACCUGCAGUUAGACAAUCCAAUAAGUACAGGUAUGCUGAAGACUGGAGGACCAAUGAUGAACUUGGAAAGUGGACGUUCAUCGUCUAAAAUCUCAGAGCUUUGGAAAUGAAAACAUAAUAACGUAGGUUUCCAAAAGAUGGUAUUUUAUUCUCUAUACGAUAUAACUAUAAAUGAAUGUUCCUUUAUAUACUGUAAAGUGAAGAUACAGUAUACUUACAUCUUAUUUUCAUUCAACUUCUUUUUUUAUGUUCCAGGACAAUUGUCUGAAAAAAAAGGGAUUUCCUAAAAAUAAAACUAUUGAAUGAUGAUCGUUAUCAUUAUUUACAAAGCCUUGUUAUCUUCAGCUUCUUAGAGCUUCUUUUCCUUAGAUUGGACUGACCUUAAACAGCAUUGUUUUUACAUCCCAUGUUUGUACGCUUCAUUGUUCAAUUAUAGCUUACAAAAUCUCAAGGUUGCUUGCUGAUGUUUAAACAUUGUGUGAAAAGUCCCUGACAUGGCUUUUUCAGGCUUAUGACUUAAUAUUCGGGGGCUUUUUACUUUGUAUUCCUCGUGCAAUUAUUGAAGAGACUAGUGCAACAAUAAACAAUGUGAAAGCAGAA